AUGGCGGCAAAGCAAAAGGCACAGGACAUCAUCGACAACAACGCCGUUGCUGUCUUCUCCAAGUCGUACUGCCCAUACUGCAAGGCGACCAAGUCUCUGCUCAGCGAGCAAGGCGCAAAGGCCUUCAUCAUCGAGCUCGACCAAGUCGACGACGGCGCCGCCAUCCAGGACGCUCUUGAGGAGAUCACCUCGCAGCGCUCCGUGCCCAACAUCUUCAUCAACAAGAAGCACAUCGGCGGCAACUCGGAGCUGCAGUCGAAGAAGAGCCAGCUUCCGAACCUGUUGAAGGAGGCGAACGCUAUCUAG